AUGCUGCUUCGUCCCCGGCGGCCCGCCCCAUUCUCGCCACCGUCGCCAGCUAGCCUCGACGCCGAGCUGCGGCCGGCGGGGGACGUCCGGGAGACUACGUCUGAUGCCUUCGCCCCCACGCCGGGCGCGAUGGCGGAGCCUGGUUCGCCCAAGGCUCCCGUGUCCCCGGGCUCGGCGCAGCGCACACCCUGGAGUGCCCGAGAGACGGAGCUACUUCUGGGCACGCUGCUGCAGCCGGCCAUGUGGCGCUCACUCCUGCUGGAUCGCCGGCAGGCUCUACCCACCUACCGCCGCGUGUCGGCCGCGCUGGCCCGUCAGCAAGUUCGGCGUACGCCGGCUCAGUGCCGCCGCCGCUACAAGUUCCUCAAGGACAAACUUCGAGACUCCCAGGGUCAGCCGUCCGGGCCCUACGACGACCAGAUCCGCGAGCUCAUGGGGCUGCUGGGUGACGAUGGGCACCGGCGGGUCCGCCGUCGCCCUGCGGGGCCUGGACGUCCCCAUCGCCGCGGUCGUAGGAUUCCGCACGGACCACCAGCGGGACCACGCGCUUCUCUCCUAGGGGCUAUGGGAGAUGCCGACCCCGCUUCUGCGCUCAGAUUCAGCUCUUCCACUAAGAGGUCCGCAGAUGCCCGCCGCAAUACCAGCUCCCCUACCCCUAUGGCCCUCGGCACUCUGACUCCUGAGCCUGGCCAUGCCCUCGGAUCCUCCUCGCCACCAACCCACGACUACGACAUGGAGGGCCCGAAUGAGCCUCCUGACCUUCCCCAGGACCGUGCGCCCCCGCAGGUUGCGCCCCAGUCGCUGAACACCGCUCUGCUGCAGGCCUUGACGCACUUGGGCGACAUCUCGACAGUUCUGGGCCCACUGCGAGACCAGCUGGCGACCCUGAACCAGCACGUGGAGCAGCUGCGAGGUUCCUUCGACCAAACAGUUUCCCUGGCUGUGGGCUUCAUUCUGGGCAAUGCAGCCUCCGAGCGGGGCAUCCUUGGGGACCUGCGCCAAUAAAGCCUUAUUUGUCGUCAGUUCUUCCCUUCAGAGCUGACCCCUCCCCCAGUCUACCUCGACCCCAGUUAGUGUCCCCACCCCAACCCCAAACCUAGGUUCUUAAAAUAAAGAUUGUGUUUUCUACUUAA